AUGGAUGAAUAUAAUUUCAAAAUAAGGGAUGAGGAAUUCAAAAGGAGGAAAGAGUUAGAAACAGAAAAGCAAAGCAGAGGUAAAAUUGAACAUGGUCAACAAGAAAAUGAUAGUAAACAAACCAAGACAAAGGAACAGGAGGAACAACAACAACAAAACAGCAAGGAAAGGGACAAUCAACAUCAACAUGUGCAGCAAAAGGAAGAGGAAUGGCAAGUACAACAGCAAGCACACUCAGGGGCAAGAAAGCUGAUUAAUAUUGAAAAUAACAAGGAAAAACAACAAGUGGAAGCAGGAAUUACAGAUAAACAGAACAAAGGAGCCAUGGCCAAAGAUAUGGGAGCCAAAACAAGCACUAGCAUCCAAGGAAACACUCCCAAAAGCAAGAACAAACCUAGUAAGAAAAAGAGAGAGGAUGCAAGAAAGAGACAGAGCAUACAACAUGACAAUGAUCACAAGGGGGAACAACAAAAAGAAGGGGAAGUUUGCAAGAAGUUUAUUAUGGUUGAUGAGCAGUUGGGCAUGGAUAUCACUCCUCUACAAACCCAAUAUAUGAAUCCUCCACCUACUGUCUCUCCAGAUGGUAGGUCUGAAAAGUGUCAAAUGAAUAAAGGUCCUAUAAUUGAUGAAUAUGUUUUUGUUAACUUAGAGGAUAAACAUAAUGUGGAUAAUCAGUCCCUCAAAGAUCUUGAUGACGAUGAUGAGACUAGUGAGAUAAUUAUUAGAGCUUUUAGUCCUCAUCCGGAAAGAAAAACCUUGCAGACGAAAUUCAGCAGGUGGCUAAUAGUCAGGGAUUAUCCCCUAGAGGAUUACACCAUGAUAGAUUCAAAUUCAAGACUCAGGAUAUCAACACUGUCACUGCUGGCAAACCAAACACUAGGCUGUUUACUUCCCGAUCAUCUCAAUGACGAGUACAAUUAUUUGGAAUGUGAGGGGGAUGAACACCCAAGGUGUAAUCGAAAGACUAAAAAUGCUCAACAAGAUGCAUCAACUCUUUAUCAUUGCCAUCAUGGAACCUUUCUUAGACAUUACUCAUAG